AUGAAUAGUGAUAUUGAUGAUCUUUAUGAUACUGACGUUCUUAAUACUCCUAUUUCUAAGUCUCAGGAUGUUUUACAACUUUCUGAUGAUGAUGUGACUACAAGUACUACUACUAUGAGUAAUAGUAAUACCGCAUUCAAUAUUCUUGUUACUUCACUUACCCCUAUUAUUUCAAAAAAAAAAAAAAUUUUAAACCUAGAUCCUCUUAUAACUACGGCAACUGGUACAUUACAUAAACACCUUAACUCUCAGCAUCCAAGCUGGAAUACCACUAAGCCACCUUCAAGUCAACAGCUUCUUACUUUUACACCUGAAAUGACAAUUUCAAAUCAAAUUUUAACACCAGCUCAAAAAACUAAACUUCAUAUAUUAGUUGCUGAAUGGAUUGUAUCAGAUACAUUACCUUUUUCGAUUGUUUCAAGUGAAUCAUUUGCCACUAUGCUUCAAUAUCUCAAUGCUAAUGUCGAUUUACCUUCUUGUGAAACUAUAAAGUCUACUAUUCAAAGUGCCUUCGUCAUAAUGCAAAAAGAUAUUAAAAUUCUUUUGGAACAAGUUUUUAAUAAUGAGUGGAAACUUAAUAAAAUUUUACUUGAUAUUUGCAUGCUCCCCCAUCCCCAUACCAGUGAAGAAAUUAAUACACGAUUGCGUUCUAGGAAUCUUAUGUUACAAAAUCAUCUUUUUCAUAUUCAACCUCGUCGCUAUUUAGCUCAUAUACUAAAUCUUAUUGUCAUGAGUGGUUUAUCACCUAUCAAAUCAUCAGUUAAAAAGGAAUUAAAUGAGCUUGGGCAAUCAGUUGGAGAAGGCGAAGCUACUCGUAAAAUUCCACAGGAUGUUUCAACACGGUGGAACAGUACAUAUCUAAUGCUUUCAGUCUAUGUAACUAUGCCUACAACAAUUGCAGCUCUUAUUAGAUGCAAUAAGAAUCUUAAUAAAUAUAAACUUACGCCACAAGAAGAAUCUAAUCUUCAAGCCACAACACAAUUUCUUCAACCAUUUUACGAAACCACUAAUAUUUUUUCUGGCAGCACAUAUACGACAUUAGGCAUUUCGAUUCUACUAAUCGAUGACAUUGUUGAUACUAUUUCAUCAUAUAUUCAAAAUUCAACAAGUUUAGAAUUCCUAGAAGUAGCUGCAACCCAAAUGUCAAAUAAAAUUCAAAAGUAUACUAAUGAUAAAACAGCCUUUAUGGCUGCUAUUCUUAACUCCCAAAUUAAACUAGAGCUAAUACCAGAUGAUAUAAAUACUGAAGCAAAUCGUGCUAUUUUUAAUAACAUUUUUAGAACAGAAUAUUCUGCACUUUCUCUUAAUAAUUCGUCUACUAAUUCAGAAAUAUUAAAUUUAUCAUAUACAGAAAAAAUUGCUCAAAAAAAAAGAAAAACAAAUAUAAUCAAUAAUAGGACGGAUGAAUUUAACCAAUACUUAUCUGAAGCUAUUACAUUUAUGAACAUUGAUUCUUUGAACUAG